CAACGAACCGUUUGACAUUUUUGUGUUUUCUGCUGCGGAUAGGAGAUGGCUUUUUCGUGAACAUAACCUGACUCCAGAUUGGAAAGAAGCCUUUCCAUGUAACAAGAGAGAUAUCAAACAGAGCGCCGCUUUGUAAGAUUCCAUCAUGGGUGUUGAUAUUCAAACCUACCGAGCUCGAAUAGGAACAAACAAGUUUGCAUUUGGCUCCGAUGUUGUAACUUCAAGUAUAUCAGUCAACUUUAGCCUUUUCUUGAAAAGCACGACGAUUCCUCUAUUCAUGGUUGUUAUGUGCCUUGUGUUGUGGUCAGGCGCCUACGAUUUCAGUCCUAUAGAUGCCGUUGAUGUAGCUAACCAGAAUAAGGCAGAACAGACUUUGGAGUUGCAAUUGCCAGGUAUCGAUGCAGUCCGAUAUAAACCUGCCAUUUAGGGUCCUUUGUGGAACUGUAUGGUUUUAAAACAGAGAGUUUCAGGGUUGACGGGAGCCCUUUUAUUUAUUGGUUUACUAUUACUGAGAGCGGGAAUAGAACCAAACCCAGGCCCUAAACCAGAAUUCCCUACGAUGAUUGCACUUACGGACAAGCUGAAACUGACAGUUAAGUGUGGCAAGUUGCAUGAAGUACAGAACGCGUGCUUGUUAGUGGAUAAUGGAUUUGUUACGCAAAAUCAAAAUCUAUUAAGGGUCACUUUUCCAGUUUGGGAUGAGUAUAAACCAUAUUCGGCGAUCAACGUCGAAACAUUUGGAAAUAAUUUAAAGAAAGCCCUUGUUCAAGGUUUCACGCAGUGCGAAGAAAGCCCUUUUUCCACAGUUGCAUUUUCACCUAUCCUAGCAGGUAAAAGUUGUCAAGAAUUGUCAGAAGUUUAUAUUGGAUUUGGAAUCCUUCAAUUUCGCAAAAAGACAAAAGGCACAUUACAAGAGAUUCAAAUUGUCGGCGAGGAUGAGAAGAUUUUAUUUGAUAUACACCAUUGUUUGGCAUACAUGGUGCAAUCAAAUACACAGCCUCCUUGGUUUGACAUCUCCAUUUUCAUGACAACGGAUGUUGCAAUUGCUGCCAACAUUAAAUUAACUGGGAGAGCAAGACACAGUUCCAUCACUGCAGCAGAAGUGAAAGCAGUUUUCGAGGAGCUCAGUCUGACUGAAAGACUUAUUAAUAAAAUUACACUGAACGAAGCAUUGGCUAUAGACACUUCGAAGUCCGAAAGUCCGAAAUCUGACAGGGGACUAUCAAAUACGCCGUGGGCACUUCUCCACGAACUUCUUCACGGCAAUUGGGAAGGCAGAGAUAACGUACCUGACACACAGCAGGAUGAUAUGGGCGAUGAUUGGUGUGAAGAGAAUAGUGAACAUGACUCCCAAACGGUAACUGAAAUGAGUGCCAUGGACAUAUUUAUGGCCACAUUUCAUUCAUGCGAUGGACUUUUGAAACAAGCGCUUUUUAAGAAGAUGUAUCUGUGCAAACUUGCCAUGCCCUUUUUGUACCAUUCAGUUAACACGAAUGCGCUUCAAGUUUCAUUAUGGCCUUUACAACAGUUUCGGAUUUCAGAUGAUAAUUUAGAGCGUUGCGCUUUGACCAUGAAAACCAAUGUUAUAACCUUUGUUCGCCUUGGUAGGCCUCAAUUUUCGAAAUCAUUGUUUCUUAAUCGCUUGAUCCAAAAUAGGAAUGACGCAUUCUCAAUCUUUUUCAACAGGGAAUGCAAGUCUGGCCUGUUAAGUCGCGUUCUUUUAAAAAGAGUCGUCGAGAUAUUUUGGGAUACUUCUGUAAAUGAAAUCAAACCAAUAAGAACAUAUUUAAAUGUCAGAAGCGACUUUGUGGAAGAAUUCAAUUCUCAAACUGAUAUUUGGAAAUGUUUAAUUAAAACAACAGAUUUGUUUGUUGUUAUCAUUGAGCUUAACGAAAUGGUGAGCAAUUUUGAGAAUUACAGCAAACUACUCAUUGAAAUACCAAAAUGCGUAAUAUUUUUUUCUGAACACAAUAAUAUCGGUAAAGAAACUAAAAGCAGUAUACAAGAAAAAAUAAAGAAGUUACGCAAAAGUCACGAAGAUAAAUUUAAAGUUAUUUCGACACAUGAAAAGGGAACAGAAAAGGAAACUGAAAAACUAUUGAAAAACAUGUUGAGUAACAUAGCAGAACAUUUGAAAACAUGUCAGGCUGUGCUGACGUUAGAAGAAAGGAUCAACAAAUUUAACGAAAACAAUGGUCACGUAUUAGAAGAGGACGAAAACGAAGACUUAAGUUUAGGAAAGGAAUUAGCAAAAUAUCUGAUGUCAGAGAUGACUACUGAAAUUGGACAAACGAAAGACAAAAACAGCUUUCAAAACUGCAUUAGUCGUUUGACACCAGUGUCAUAUUUUGAAUCUCCAAAAUUGAUUAAAACGUUGAGAUUACAAAACCAGGCAGUAGAUCGAAAUGAAAUAGAACAGCAUAACAACGUUAUUUAUAACACUCGGAAAGAAUGCCUUUCAAAUAUUUCAAACUCCGUCCGACUUCUAGCAAAAUAUCUUGUUAAUACGCGACCACUAAACAUGAGGCAAAAGUACUUCAUUGGGUGGCUUAGAAUUCUUAUUGAACAAAAAUUAUCUCAUUUCUUAUGCCAAAAGGCCAAGGACAAAGUCAAAUUAUUAGACACGAUUGCUGAAAGCAAGAACGAUCAUACAAGUCAAACAUCGGAUAAGGAAAAUAAAGUUCGCUUCUCAGAAUUAGAUGGGAUCAUAAAUCUUUCAUCUCUUACAGUUGAGCAUCUUUUUCGUGAAAUCAGUCACGUUUAUGAUUCGAUCAUUGAAUUAGAAGAAGACCCUAUGAAAUAUCGUUUGCCAAGUAUAAACGACUGUGUGGACACAUUUUCUAAUUUAAUCAUUGAGGGCGAGACAGUUGAACUAAUGACGGAGUCCUUUUUCAUGCCACGAAGAUGGUUGCAAUGUGUUUUUAAAUCACUGGACGGAAGGCUGCCUGUGUAUAAAAUAAAAACUAUUUCCGUCUUAGGGCUACAAAGCUCUGGUAAGUCUACAGUUUUUAAUACAAUGUUUGGAGUGCAGUUUGCUGUAAGGUCGGGUCGCUGUACCACAGGAAUACAAGCAAGGUUGCUGCCUGUGGGGCAACACAACUCAGACAAUGAAGAGUCGAAUUACGUUAUGAUUUUAGACACAGAAGGCCUUAGAUCACCGUUGUUAUCCGAUGUCUGGAGGCCUACUUCUCUAGAUAAUGAACUUGCUACAUUUGCUACUGGUUUAGGAAACUUGUCAAUAAUCAAUGUUAUGGGUGAAAAAUUAGCAGAUAUGAAAGACAUCUUGCAAAUUGUUAUACACGCUCUUAUCAAAAUUAAAUCGUCACAAAGUCGAAUCGCUCUAGGUCAUAAAUGUUUCUUUAUUCAUCACAACGUAACAGUCGGUUUUACAGAUGUCUACAUGAAAGAAGUAUACAGGGAUUUCGACUCAACAUUAGAUUCAGUGGCUCAAGAGGCUGUCAAAAAUGAAGGGAUUCCAGAUAUUCAUAAUGCUAAACAUGUCCUUAAGUUUGACGCGGGAAAGGAUGUACACCCUGUUCAAAAUUUAUGGCAAGGUGGUCAUUCUUUGAGGCGAAUUAGCCCUGAUUACAGUAAGCGUAUAUUGGAAUUGAAAGAUAAAGUUAUGACACAUUUAACCGAUUAUGGCAUUAAAUCUUUCUCAGAUUUAUCUCAGCUUGCGUUUGACGUGUGGGAUGGUAUAAAUUCGGAAAAAUUUAUAUUCACCUUUCGAAGUAGCAUAGAAAUGAAAGCAUAUUUUCAGACUGAAGACCAUUUCAAACUCUUAGUCAGAAACAAUGGCUUUCUGGUGAGAGACGAACAUGCAAAUCACUGUUUCAAAUAUAUGUCUGACUGUCAGAAUGAAGACGAAUUAAAAAAGAACAGACAAGAAGUAGUUUCUUUGAUAAAUGCAUUCAUCUUGAGGAAUACAGCUGAAAUAAAAAAAGAAUUCAUUAAGUUUUUGGAAGAAAACCAAAUGGGAAAAUUGGACUCAUUGUAUAUAGAAAGAUUCGAAAACGAAUUUCAGGAAUUGAAAAGACGCACAGAAAAUGACACAAAUAGGUAUUUUGAUGAACAGUUGGUGAAAAUGGAAACAUCUACAAUAAAUUCAUCUAGAAGAGAUCAACUACGGGACAAAACUGCUGAGAUAGUUUCAUCCUCAAAAAGUAAAGACGAAAAAAAGGCUGAGUUUGAUAAAAUAUGGAGUGACUUUGAGAAUGAAAUUAAAGCAAAGACUUUUUCUAUUCAAAAUGAUUGUUUGUACAAUGAUUUCGCUGGACAGUUUAGUCAGACAUGUUCCGCUGUUUUCCACCAGCGGAAAGAUGGAAAAGGAAGUUUUUAUGAACGUCUGUCUGGUAUAAAUGGUAUAACUAAACACGAUUUUAACCUCUCAAAGACGAACUAUUGCACUAAAUUAUUAUUUGGGAAAGAUUUUUUUCAUGAUAUAGUUUAUCCGUGGUUGAGAAUGAUAGUUGGGGAAUUUGAAAGCCUGAUUUCUAAUUACAAGGAAAAAAGGCGGCUUCUUUUAAAAAGCGAUGUAGUAGGCUUUGCUGAAAGCUUUAAACAGUGUCAUGACCAAUAUGUAACAGACUUAAAGGAAAUUGGAAUAUACGCUAAACCGAGUUUUUCAUCAAAACUGUUGGCGGAUGGGUACCAUAUAGCUUCAGGAGAAUUUUUAGAUCAUAAUGUAAAGUAUGAUUUAAAUACAGGUGUAACAUACCAACUUAAGAAAUAUAAACAAGAAAUGUAUGCAAUCUUUGAGGAAGAACUUAAGGAUCGAUAUAAAGAAAGAACAGCGUGCAUUUUAUUUUUUCUUGAACUCGAAAAAUGUCUUAAAGGAGUUAUAGAAUCAAAACUACCAACGUCGCUAUGCAAAAGGUUUCUAAUCCUAAUACCAAACACGAAACGAAAGCUCAUUGCUAGCGUAUGUGAAUAUAUUGCUACAGUUGAUCCUUGUGAGGUUUUUGAAUAUACCCGGGAUCCGAAGCAAUUUGCAUUAGAAUGGUCCAAGCGUAACUGUUUAGGCUUAUUUGAUAAAACACUAGAAGACGAAUUGGAAUGUCAUUUAACAGAUAUUGAAAAAGAUAUUAAAAAUGCGCUUAAACAUUGCGAACAACAAUGCAAGCAACAUAAUGAACUUUCGACUAAUGAGUGGUUAGAACAUUUUAAAAAUGAAUUCAAAAAUGUACCAAUUGAUCCUAAACGAUUCCCAGGAUUUCUAAACAGAAAUAAGUUCAAGACUGCAGUGCCUUUUGCCACAACACUAUUGGAUGAAAAUCAAUUAAAAAAUAUGUUAAGUAUCUUGAAGGAUGAACUGAAACGAAGUGUUACAGAUAAUGAUUUCACUGAUUCUAAUGAUUUUCGUAGUAUGUUCGAUGAUAUUUGGGGCUGUCCUAAAUUAUGUCCGUUUUGCCACGAACCCUGUAUUAAAGGCAAGGAUCACACACCUGAUUCAAAACACGAAUGUUUACAACAUAAACCUCCAAGUUUUAAAGGCGUUCGCGACAAAUAUAAGAAUUAUUGUUUUGAUGUUUGUAAUUAUGAAGUAGGUUUAAGAACAAGUGCGUAUCGCUGUUCUGAUAUUAAUGGGGCGUGUGGCUGUACAAAAAGUAAAUUACCAGAUAUCUUUGCGAUUAUGUUUUCAUUCUUUGGAGUUCAGUCUGGUCAGUUCCACUUGUACAAUAAUUACACUGAACUCUUCGAAGAUUGGGACAUAAAGGUUUCGAAAGCUACAGAAGAGUGUUCAAGGUUUUGGGCGUGGUUUUCUUCUCAUUAUUACAACGAAAUUUGUACACACUUCGAUGGUAAACAUGAAAAUAUUCAAGAACGAUGGGAGAAAAUAUCAAAGGAUAAAGCAAUAGCAAGUUUAUAUGAACCUUUCACGUAAGUCUUCACACAAUCAAACGAAUACUUUCUUUUUACAUGCAUGGUCCAUUGAUGUUCGAAAGGAAGAUUAACAAAUCGAGCAAACCACAUGAAAUUAUUCUUGCAACGGAAAUAUAUAUUAAGUAUGAUAUAUUGUGAACAUUUUAAUUACAAAAUGGGGCUUACGUGUAUGGAUAUUGGUGAACUCGUUUUUUUUAUCCGAGAUGUGUGGCCUUUUCAAUUAUUGCAUUGUAACAUAAUUAAAGAUGCACUCUUACUCCCAAAUAAGGUUUAAUAGAAAGCAAUAGUUUUAUGUAGGAUACGAAGUUUAAUGGAAAGAAAUAAGCAUAAAACACGGUAUUUCUACCUGAGACUAAAGUAGACCACGGUAUUUCUUUUAACAUUCACCAAUCAUUUAAUAUUUUUGCGCUUUCUACUAUUAAACACACGGCUACAAUCUUGUUAUCAGUAAUCAAUAUUUUCAAUAAAUGCAUUGUUUAGUAAGCAGUUAAAGGUUUAUCAGUCAAAAUUUAUGUUUGUUAUACAAGAGAAUGUAUUGAUUUUGAAUAAGAGUGUCACUUUAAAUAGGUUUAAAGCGUAGAAGUAUAUGGCCACUAUCUCUAUUGAACAAAACUUUCAAUAGAAAGAAGAGAAUGUAGCGCAAAAUAAAUUGAAAAAUAACAUAUUGGAGUCUAACAAUCGCAACCGGAAGCUUUAAAAGACAGACCGAGUUGUUCUAUUUCCUUAAAAAUUGAAAUCAGCUCAAAACACGUUUAUUAUUUCGACAAGUUUCCAUAGAUUGCAGUAACAUGAUUAAACCACAUAAAGACACGUUGCUUUGAAUUAACAUUACAAACCAAACAAGGAUUUAAACACUCCUUAAAAUUGUCUUUUCAUUUUGAUUUAAGGGCAAUCAUCCUUUAAAACGUUAGUUUAUGGAGGUCCUUUUUUCUUCAUUAUUGAUUCAUCAAGAUCAAUAACAAUGUUAUAAUUGUAUAUGGUUAUGUGACUUUACAUUGUAUGUAAUAUAAAUGUGCUAUGAUAAUAUGCAUAGCAUUAUUAAAGGGGCUGUCUCACAGAUGGUAAAAUAGCGAAAAAAAAGAAGAAAAUUAACGAAAAAUGACCUAAACUUGGCAUCGAUUUGAACAAUGCAUUGAAACUUACUAACUGAAGUACCAGAUAGUUUACAAUUUAUUUAAGUUUAGCUGUUAUUUCGUAUUUUUCCAUUAAAAAAGAUUACUGGGUAUGUCUACCAGGUAGAAUUAAUUCCUUAUGCGUGAUUGGCUAGUCGGUGAUAUCACGUGAUAUUACCGAGGUAGGUGUAUAGCUUAAUUUUGUCACACGAUUAGAAUAAGUUUAAAUAGUUCAGUGAGUAAGACGCUGGACUUCAAUUUUGGCGACACGGGUUCGAACCCUGUCUCCGACUCAUUUUUUUUACAUUUUGGUACUUAUUUUACCAUUAUGAUAUCAAAGCGUAACACAUUCUAUUAGAUAAUUGUCCUGAGAUUCGUUACAGAAAAAACUUUUUUUGGUGCCAAUCUGUGACACAGUCCCUUUAAGAAUAAUAGAAAAUUAUAUGAGUGUUUUUUUGUUUUGUUUUUAAAUCAUUGAUUAUUAUAACUAUAUUAUUUUUAUGAUAACAAAGCUAACAUAUUGUAUAACAGGCUCACCAUUAUAUUUCUUAUUGUCAUUUACAUGUAUAUGUACAAAUUAAUGUUUCAUGUAUUUUCAAUUGUUUGUCAUAAUUUAUUAAUUACACAUGUAUAUUUGCAACUAUUGUUAAGCGAGGCUCAUAUUUUGUAAAAAUGUCCUCAAUCCCAUGUAUAAGGGAUAACAGAAAAAUAUUUGUUUCAAAACCGUACGUGUGACCAAUUCACUAAAAUAUUUCAUUAUUUUUAUUAAAAAUGAUUAUAAAAUGUAUAUUACUUUUAUGAUAAAAAGCUUGCAUAAUGUAAACUUGGUUUACGAUUUCUUGUAGACAUUUAUGUUAUGGUAGAUACUAUAACGAUUUUUAAUAUUUAAUAUAAUUCUUCGGAUGGUGUGUAUUCCACUGAGUGCACAUGGUAGGCUUUGAUUUUUUUGCUAUUGUGCAUUUUGAUUGUAAGGUUCUGCGUUAUUUUGAUAGGAAUACUACAUUUAAUGUAUAAAAGUGUCUUUAAAAAAUGGUAUAACAAUAAACAUAAUAGAAAUCAUUUUGACCAGUUUUGAAAAUUUGCAGGAAAUGCAUUUUGUUUAAAAAUUGCAUUGUUAAAUGCAUGUACAAUUUUGAAUUGUAUAGUAGUUUUACCAUGGUUACAAGCAAUCAUUGAAUAUACGGAUGUUUCUUUCUUUUUGCUUUUUAAACUUAAAUUAUUGUUUCUUUUUGUUGGACUGUUUAAAUAUACUGAAAACAUUUUGUGCUGUGAUUCAAUAAAAUUGCCUUAUUCA